CCGGAGGACCUGCGGUGCUCAGCUCCGGGGUCAGUUGGAAGUGAAGAUGGAGCCGCUGUUCCACCCGCCGCUUCACCGGCAGAGGCACCAGUUCGUCGUCGACUUCGUGAAGAGAAACAAACCUCGGAAGGUGCUCGACCUGGGCUGCUGCGAGUGUAGCCUCCUGAAAAGACUCAAGUUUCACCGGGAAGUGCACCUCCUGGUCGGCUUGGACAUCGACGGGACCAAAGUCAAGAAGAAGAUGCACGAGUUAGCUCCUCUAUCCACCGACUACCUGCAGCCGAGUUACGAUCAGCUGUGUGUGGAACUGUACGAGGGCUCGGUCACAGAAAGAGACGCUCGCCUCAGAGGAUUUGAUCUGGUGACCAGUAUAGAGCUCAUUGAGCACCUCACGCUUGCUGACGUGAAGCGGUUCUCUGAGGUCGUGUUUGGUUACAUGACCCCGGCGGCCGCCAUCAUCAGCACCCCGAACUGUGAGUACAACCCCCUCCUCCCCGGACUGAGAGGCUUCAGGCACAGUGACCACAAGUUUGAGUGGAGCAGAGCAGAGUUUAAAUCCUGGGCCCUGAAGGUGUGUUCGGAGUUUGGUUAUGAGGUGGAGUUCACUGGGGUCGGACAGCCAGCGUCAGGAUACCAGGAGAGUGUCGGCUUCUGCUCUCAGAUCGGGGUCUUUCGCCGACUCGAGCGAGGAGUUGACCGCAACACGUUGGGUGGUGCGGAUGCAGAGGAGGUUUAUUCCUACAAACUUCUGUGCAGCAUAAACUAUCCCAGCCUCUGUGACAACAACAUCUUGCGGAGGGUUCUGGUGAGCGAGGUUCUGUUUGGGGCAGAAAAACUGAAGAGUAGAUGGAUGGAGAAGAAGAGUUGUGAGGGGAACGCCUCAUAUGCACCGAUUGAGACGGAGGACGGAGUAGAGAAGCACACAGCCUGCAGAGAGGAGAUGAGGAAUGUCGUAUCGCAGUGUGAGAGAGGAGCGUCAGAGGAUCAGGAGGAAGAGGAUGAAGGAGUAUGUUGGACACAUUUCCAAAGCCCACAAGAUUCCUGCACAUCACGCAGGUGUGUGUCUGUCCCUCUGGAUGUGCUGUGGUCCUGCUGUCCCAGAGUCAGCACCCUGAGUGGAAGUCUGGGUAAUCUCAGACGUCUGCUGAUGGACGAGCCCGAUGUGGAACUGAGCCAGGAUGGCGAUGCUGUGCUUGUAACUUGCCAUGAACAAGACCUUGACGAAGAGGAGGCUCAGGACGAUCUGGAGGACAGCGGGUACGAACAGGCCAGCAGGCACCACGCUGCUGCUGCAGAGCAAGAGGAUGAGUGGGAGGCAAGUGUUUGACCUGGAGGACGCAGCUUUUGUGUCCAGGACAAAGUUGGUAUCUUGUUCAGUUUCAACAAGGCUUAUUGAGACUGCGGCUUUUUGUUUGGAGUAUGCUCCAGUUGCUAAAGAAAGAAUAUUUAAUUUGGCCUUUAAAAAUAAAUGUAUUGAGUGAAAAGCAACUUAAACCAACC